UUGGGUGGAGCCUGCGUUGCUGUAUAAGGGGGCGCGGGUCUCACAGACUCAAGUUAUUCGCGAUGCUUCGUGCGAUGAUGGGCGUCCAGUUACUGGGUGGGUUUCUCCUGCUGUGCCUCUCGGCCAGCGCCGAGCAGAAGGCGGGUUCGGCUCAGUGUCCUCCCUGCGUGUUGUCCGAAUGCCCGGCUCUGCCGCCCGGGGGCUGCCCGCUGGGUGAAGCGCCCAGUCAGUGCCGCUGCUGCACCGUGUGCGCCGCCGGCCAGGGAGAGCGUUGCGGCGGCCGCGACUUCCAGUACGGCCGCUGCGCCCAGGGCUACGAGUGCGAGCGCUCAGGCGGCAAGCGGAGGGGCCGGGGGCGAUGCGUCUGCAAAUCCCCCGAGCAGGUGUGCGGCAGCGACGGCAUCACCUACAGCAACGGCUGCGAGCUGAAAGCCGCGGCUCGGCGAGCGGAGGAGCAGGGAGGCAGCCCGCUGACCAGGGGCCACAAAGGAGCUUGCCAGAGAGCUCCAGUUAUUGUGACACAACCUCAGGAGAUUUGGAAUGUCAGUGGAUCACAAGUUUACCUCAGCUGUGAAGUUAUCGGAGUACCCACCCCCGUACUCACCUGGAACAAGGUAAUGAAAACCAAGACUGGUGUGGAAAAGGUCGAGUUAUUGCCUGGUGACCGUGACAACCUUGCCAUCCAGACUCGAGGUGGGCCUGAGAAGCACGAGGUGACAGGAUGGGUGUUGAUAUCUCCACUCACUCAAGGGGAUGCAGGAGAGUAUGAAUGUCAUGCAUCAAACACCAAGGGAGAAGCUGCAGCUACUGGAAAUAUACAUGUGGUUGAUAAACUAAAAAAGAAACCGUGAGUUAAAAUGAAGAAUUAACAACAGACUGAACCAUGAGCACAACUACCUGCAGGGAAUUCUGUGAAUGUGCAGAAUCUGGUGGUGUUUCUUUUCAAUAUAUUACAAAUUAAGUGUUACUGGGAUCUUUCUCUUUCUUGUACUGUAUUAAUUCAGUGAUUUGUAGUCUUAUGUAUCUUUUAUAUUUACUCUGCUUGCAAUUAAAUACUAUAAAUCAAUAAGAGGAACAGAGCGUUGUGUAAUCAAAAUGCAAAGAUAUGAAAUAAAGUUUAUAAAUAGCUUAAAAUACAA